AACAAAGCUUCAGUUUUUUAUUCUACAAAUUAAACUCAUUCUUCUGCAACUCAUUGUUGAAGUUCAACAAUCAAAUAUGGCAAACCAAUUAUCACCACCCUUUGGCACCCCCAUCAUCGCCCCUCAGUAUUGUGCUCCAGGUCCACAUCCUGUUGAUCUCAUAAUCACAAAGGAAAGGAGUAUAGCAGAUAAUUUCACUGUGACAGACACCAAUGGCAACGUAGUUUUCACCGUUAAGAGCAACAUCGUAAGCAUUGUAAAACCCCGCAAACACAGUUUCAUGUUUGACGCUCAUGGAAACCCCAUUCUUCAUCUUCGCAGAUCGAUUCAGAGUGAUGGUUGGAAAGCAUUCAGAGGCCAAAGUGAAGAAUCUAGGGAUCUCAUAUUUACAAGACACAGAUCCUCGUUGUUUCAGCUAAGGUUGAAAUUCGACGUGUUCUUGGCAAAUAAUGUCACUGAUGUUUGUGACUUCAGGAUCAAAUCAAGUUGGUCUGGACGCUCUUGGGAUGUUUACAUAGGCAAUUCCAACAUUCUUGUUGCCCAGAUAAAUACAAAGCUUGGAACUAUGUUUAGCAGACAGAAGUACAUGGUGUCCGUGUUUCCAAAUAUCGAUCAUGCAUUCAUUGUGGCUCUAAUUCUAACUCUUCAACUUUGAUCGAUCAUGUAUACUUAAAUAUCUCAAUUUCUUCUUUUCUGUAUUCUGUAUUCGAUUAUUUUAAUUUUUUUAAUUGUUUUGACAUUUUUGUAAAUUAUUUAUUAUAUGAAAGUUUUUAUUAAAUGAGUGGCCUCUUAUGUAUUAGUGAGGAAGAAGGAGGGACCUUUAAACUUCAACUUAUUCUCUGUUUAGUUAUUCAAAUAAACAAAAGCACUUAUUUUCCAA